AUUAUUAUUAUUAUUAUUAAUAUUAUCAUUAUUAUUAUUAUUAUUAGCUUCUGCAGAAAACUAUUGCGAAGUCUGAUAAAACUUGUCCAUGUAAAAUUAUGUAUUUUACAGUAUAACUGCUUUGUGACACAUUAUAAGCAUAGGCUGAGAUUAGGUGGAGGGACCUUGGGGCCUGCCUGUCCUGUCGAUUCCUCCUCCCUCACAUAGCUGUUGCCUUUGUCAUGAGUUGUAACUUCAUCCACCUCCCCAACACCACUUUAUUUGCAGGCAGUCCCCUCUAGGAGGAGGAAGUGUGGCUUUAUCACAGUCCACCCUGCUGACCUGGCCUCAUUAGAUAAGUGGCUUCCAUCUCCUCUUGAGAUGUGGAUCAAGCACAACAACAUCAUCCAUACCCCAAACAAGCAUUCAUGAUCCCUGACACUGAAUAUCCUACAGCAUAAAUACAGCAUGGAGCUUAAUAAUGAAUCAAAAUCUGAGACCUAAGGGAUGCACAUUAGAUAGUGGUGGCUGGGAAGUGUGUAUUUAUAUUUUAAGAGAUCCACGUGAGAGACGUUCCUGACACAUGCAGUCAGUGCGCUCAGGCAGAAAGUUGAGCUGUCACUAUAGGAGAGAGAGAGAGAGAGAGAGAGAGAGAGAGAGAGAGAGAGAGAGAGAGAGAGAGAGAGAGAGGAAUCCAGGACAAAGUCAAUCAGCACCUGGAGCACUUAGUUUGAAGCACAUUAAGUUGACACAGCUCUACAGUAACAAAACAUUCAAGCAGGUUAUACAUUGGAGUCAAUCCAGCUGCUGUUCAGUUAAAGGCUAGAAGAGUUUCCUUCCAAUACACUGGUCUACCAGCUGCCUAAUUUGCAAUAAGCCCCAUUAGUAGCAGGACUGCAGGAUGGCAGAAGCUCAUCAGGCAGUCGCCUUCCAGUUCACGGUAACGCCAGAUGGAAUCGACUUCCACUUGAGCCGUGAGGCGCUUAAAAACAUUUACCUUUCUGGAAUAACCUCAUGGAGGAAACGCCUAAUCAUAUUUAAGAAUGGUGUUCUGACUGGGGUUUACCCUGCAAGCCCCUCAAGCUGGCUUAUUGUCGUCAUUGCUAUCAUGAGUACAAUGUAUGCAAGAAUAGACCCCUCCAUGGGAAUGAUUGAUUGCAUCAAUAAAACCCUGCCAGUGAAUGGUUAUCUGGCUGUUCAGACCCAGUCUGUUCUGAGUGCCAUGCUGUUUGCUACAGGCCUAUGGGUGUCCCUGAUCCUGGUUCUCCGCUAUAUACUCAAAAUGCUGCUUUCUUACCAUGGCUGGAUGUUUGAGCCACAUGGAAGAAUGAGUAGGACUACCAAGAUCUGGGCAACCCUUGUGAAGGUGUUUUCUGGACGCAGGCCCUUGCUGUACAGUUUCCAGGCCUCUCUGCCACGUCUGCCGGUUCCUAGAGUUGAUGACACCAUCGAAAGGUACCUAGAGUCAGUUCGCCCCCUAUUGGAUGAUGAGCAUUAUAACAGGAUGGAAAUUUUGGCAAAUGAGUUUAAAAAAGACCCAGCCCCCAGACUACAAAAAUACCUGAUCCUGAAAUCCUGGUGGGCAACUAACUAUGUGAGUGAUUGGUGGGAGGAGUAUAUUUACCUGAGAGGCCGGAGCCCUAUCAUGGUGAACAGCAACUUUUACACCAUGGACCUUCUUUACGUGACUCCAACUCACCGGCAAGCCGCCCGGGCUGGCAACGCAGUCCAUGCCAUGUUGAUCUACCGUCAGAAACUAGACCGCAAGGAGCACAGUCCGAUGAGAGCAUUAGGCAUUGUUCCCAUGUGCUCCUAUCAGAUGGAAAGGAUGUUCAACACUACCAGGAUCCCAGGCAUUGAGACCGAUUUUAUUCAGCAUUUAAAGGACAGCAAGCACAUGGUGGUGUACCACAAGGGCCGCUUCUACAAGGUGUGGCUCUAUCACGGGGGCCGGCACCUCCAGCCCUGCGAACUGGAGAUGCAGUUCCAGAAGAUCCUGGAUGAUAGAACAGAGCCACAGCCUGGGGAACUCAAGUUGGCUGCAUUGACCGCAGGUGAAAGGAUUCCUUGGGCCAGAACUCGUGUCAAAUUCUUUAGUCAGGGGAUUAACAAGGUGUCUCUUGACGCCAUUGAGAAAGCAGCCAUAUUCAUGACUCUGGAUGAAGAGGAGCAAGGCUAUGACAAAGAGAAGCUAAGAUCCAUUGACUUCUAUGCAAAAUCUCUGUUACAUGGGAAAUGCUACAACAGGUGGUUUGAUAAGUCUUUUAACCUCAUUGCCUAUAAGAAUGGGAAGUUGGGAAUUAAUGCAGAACAUUCCUGGGCUGAUGCACCAAUUGUUGGACACAUGUGGGAGUUUGUUUUAUCGACAGAUCAUUUUCUGUUGGGAUACACUGAAGAGGGACACAGCAAAGGAGACAUGAACAAGAUGAUAUCCCCUCCAAGCAAGCUGCAGUGGGAUAUUCCACAAGAGUGUCAGGAUAUUACUGAGAGUUCCUACAAGGUGGCCAAAAUGAUUGCAGAUGACGUUGAUUUCCACUGCUGUCUGUUUGAUGACUUUGGAAAAGGCCUGAUUAAAAAAUGCAGAACAAGUCCUGAUGCCUUUAUACAGAUUGCUCUACAACUGGCACAUUUCAGGGACAAGGGGGAGUUCUGCCUGACAUAUGAAGCUUCAAUGACCCGUUUGUUCCGGGAAGGUCGAACAGAAACUGUGCGCUCCUGCACCAUGGAAUCAACAGCAUUUGUUCAUGCCAUGAAGAAUCCAGAUAAAACAAAUGAAGAGAGACUGCAGCUGUUCCACGUAGCUGCUGAGAAACAUCAGAACAUGUACCGACUGGCAAUGACAGGAGCGGGCAUUGAUCGGCAUCUUUUCUGUCUCUACGUUGUGUCCAAAUACCUGGGAAUCGACUCUCCAUUCCUCAAACAGGUGCUGUCUGAACCCUGGCGGCUGUCCACAAGCCAGACUCCUCAGCAGCAGCUCAACAUGAUCGAUUUGAAUAAAUAUCCUCAGUACAUCAGCGCUGGAGGGGGAUUUGGGCCAGUGGCCGAUGAUGGAUAUGGUGUGUCGUAUAUCAUCGGAGGAGAAGAUUUAAUCACCUUCCAUAUUUCCAGCAAAUUCUCCAGUCCUGAAACUGACUCCUAUCGCUUUGGUCAGAACAUUCGUCAAGCAAUGCUGGAUAUGAAAGCUCUGUUCAACACUAAGAAAGAUAAGAAGAUUUAAGAACCAUGUAGGAAAACCUACAUUUAGUUUAUAUGUAGAAUCCCAAAUGUUGUCUAAACAGUUAUAAAUACUAAGUAAUAUUGUACAGAAUGUAUUUAUUAAUUUAAACAGACACAACAAAGUGUUAUGUGGGUUUCAGGUGUCAGUUUUUCCGUACAGUUUUUCCUAAGUGUGUAUUCUACUGUACUUUAUACAAUUUGGACGUUAAAUGUUUCAAUGUUUAUUAUCAGGUUUACAGAAAUGGUGCAAAUAUUAUUAGUUAAUUCCAACACUUUGAAACCAAGUGUGUAUUCAUGACACCUGAUAUAAUAUUUACUGUUUGUUUAAUGAAUAGUGCCUACUACAUAUAUAACAUUAUAUUUAAGAUAUUUAACGGAAACUUAAUGUCAAAGACUUUUGUGAAGGAACAUUAGCACCUUAUAUAUACGUUUCUGAUUAAUUUCAUGCAAAUAUUAAUAAAGAUGAUUUUCAGAUAUAAGGGUGCAAUGCUAACCGUAUUUCCUGCCAGAUCCUCAGAGCUAUUUAUUUAUCUAGGCUUUUAUGCCUGUUAUGGCUCACCCUGCACACCAUACAGCUUUGCUUUUACUAGGUGGGCCAAAAACAAAAAUUUAAAGGACAUCAAACAAAGCACCUUAUCACUUUUAAUAGUGCAUUAAUAAAUACCAUCUUCUGAGGUUAGGUGUGUGCUAAUGAGGUACAGUGUGAGACAACAACUGCUCAGUGUCAGCAGGGAAUGCCUAACUGAAGACAUUGUUACUUGCAUACCCACUGAAGAUUUAACCCUUUAAAAUUCCUUUAUUUAA